AUGUGCGUGUGAGUAUGUGACAGGUUUAUACAUCAAGUUGCAUGCUCUGUAUAUUAGUUCUAGCAGAUCAUGAUUGUCUACACACGAUCAUAGGCCAUCUGAGUAACUAUAAAUGCCAUGUAAUUAAGUAUACUUCAUCACUCAGUGCAAUCACAGUCUAUCACUGGCUAGCUGAGCUGAACGCGGAAUAACUAGCCAUGGCAGCUCAUGACUCGGACCACGGCGGCUGCCUCCACGUCCUCCUGCUCCCGUACCCGAGCCAGGGCCACAUCAACCCCAUCCUCCAGUUCGGCAAGCGCCUCGCCUCCCACGCCGGCGUCCGCUGCACGCUCGCCGUCACGCGCUACCUGCUCGGCCAGGGACGGGACCCGUGUCCCGGCGCCGUCCACCUCGCCGAGAUCUCCGACGGCUUCGACCGCGGCGGCUUCGGCGAGGCCGCCGGCGACGUCGCCGCGUACCUCGCCCGGCUGGAGUCCGUCGGGUCACGCACCGUGGACGAGCUGCUGCGGUCCGAGGCGGAGAAGGGCCGGCCCGUGGGCGCCGUGGUGUACGACGCAUUCCUGCAGCCGUGGGCGCCGCGCGUGGCCCGGCGGCACGGCGCCUCCUGCGCGUCCCUCUUCACGCAGGCGCCCGCGGUGAACGUGGCCUACGCGCACGUUGGGGCUGGGCGGCUGGCCGUGCCGGUCGUCGCGGGCACGGCGCUGCCGGACCUGCCCGGGCUGCCGGCCGGGCUUGGACCGUACGACGUGCCGUCGUUCUUGGCCAAGCCAGACGAGUGCGCUGCGUACCUGGACCUGCUGGUGAGACAGUUCGUCGUGCUCGACGCCGCCGACCACGUGCUCGUCAACUCCUUCCACGAGCUGCAGCCACUGGAAUCGGAGUACAUGGCGUCGAUGUGGGGUGCCAAGACGGUGGGCCCGACGGUGCCGUCGGCGUACCUGGACAACCGCCUGCCGGACGACGCCUCCUACGGCUUCCACCUCCACACACCGACAACGGCCGCGACCAAGGCGUGGCUGGACGCCCGGCCGGCACGCUCAGUCGCGUACGUCUCCUUCGGCAGCAUCGCGGCGCUGGGGCCGGAGCAGAUGGCGGAGGUGGCGGAGGGCCUUUUCAACAGCGGCAAGCCAUUCCUGUGGGUUGUCAGGGACUCGGAGACGUCCAAGAUCCCGGACGGCUUCGCCGAGAAGGUGGGUGGGAACGGGCUGAUCGUGCCGUGGACGGCGCAGCUGGAGGUGCUGGCGCACGGCGCCGUGGGGUGCUUCGUGACGCACUGCGGGUGGAACUCCACGACGGAGGCGCUGAGCGCCGGGGUGCCGAUGGUGGCGUCGCCGCACUGGUCGGACCAGCCGACCAACGCCAAGUACAUCGAGGACGUGUGGCGCGUCGGCGUGCGCGCGCGGCCGGGCGCGGGCGGGGUGGUGAGGCGGGAGGAGGUGGAGCGGUGCGUGAGGGAGGUGAUGGGGAGCGAGGGGUACAGGGCAAGGGCGGCGGAGUGGAGUGUGAAGACGAAGGCGGCCAUGAGCGAUGGCGGGAGCUCCGACCGCAACAUCUUGGAUUUUCUCCGUGAACUCAGGUCGGCGAAAUCCGAACUCUUGGGGCAGGCGGAAGAUCUGUAGUUUCGUGUUGUUUCUCGUGGAAAACCUGAUGUCCGUCGUUUGAUGUCUUGUGUCAAGUACAGUACGUAUUAUGUACUCCCUCUCUAAACUAAUAUAAGAGCGUUUAGAUCACUACUUUAAUGAUCUAAACGCUUUUAUAUUAAUUUACGGAGGGAGUAAUACGGAGUACUUGUGUGUGUGAAUUUAGCGAGAGCUUCCUGUUAAAUUUCUCUGAAUAAAACCGAAUCACGUUGAAGUUCU